GGAGGGGACAGAGGGGAUUCAACACAGCUGACGUCACAAUCUUCCUACCAAGAUAAGCCGUGAGGCUUAAUAUUAACUAUGUACGUCCUUUUAGGAAGAGUGAUCGAGCUCCAGCCGCCUCGGGAAGGUGCGCGCACCGCUGAACACCUGAAGGUAACACAACAUACAGGAUCCAGCUGGCAGCCACACAGUCUGAGAGCCGGGAUCUACCGCUGUGAGAGCCGGGAUCCAGCGUUGUGAGAGCCGGGAUCCAGCGCUGUGAGAGCCGGGAUACAGCGCUGUGAGAGCCGGGAUCUAGCGCUGCGAGACAUGGAGGCCAGUCUGAAAUAGUUUGCCUGCGGUCGUAUUAACGCAUCAAGACAAAAUGGGAAUGGCGAGUGAGGAUCUGCUCGUGACCCUUCAGAUACUACCUGGGUUCUUUUCAAACUGUCUGUUCCUUGCCCUGUACGACUCCGUGGUGCUGCUGAAGCGCGCGGUGUCGCUGCUUAGCUGCUCCAGGUCCGCCGCUGCCGGCUCCGGCUCCAGAGAGUGGCGCCGCAUGCUCACCUCCGCGGGGCUGCGCUCCGUGUGGAACAGCUUCCUGCUGGACGCCUACAAGCAGGUGAAACUUGGCUGCGAGGCACCCAACUCCAAAGUGGUGAAGGUCCCUGAUGGCCACCAAUGGAGUAGCAGCAUCUGUAAUGGAACUAAUAUGCCACCUGGUGCCAGGAACGCAAAUGGAGAUGAGUGUCAGCUUCUGGAUUUUGAGUCCUCAGACCGCCCUCUAGUGGUCAACUUUGGCUCAGCCACCUGACCCCCCUUCAUCAACCACCUGCCAGCUUUCAGGCAGUUGGUGGAGGACUUCAGUGAUGUAGCUGAUUUCCUGUUAGUGUACAUUGAUGAGGCUCACCCGUCUGAUGGCUGGGUGGCGCCUCCUAUGGGCCCUUGCUCCUUCGAUAUCCGGAAACACCAGAGCCUGGAGGAGAGGUUGGGAGCGGCACGGAAACUCAUUGAGCACUUUUCCCUGCCACCGCAGUGUCAGUUGGUGGCCGACUGCAUGGACAACAAUGCUAAUGUGGCUUAUGGGGUGUCAAAUGAACGGGUAUGUAUAGUACAACAGAGAAAGAUUGCCUACCUGGGCAGUAAGGGUCCUUUUUUUUACAAUCUGAAGGAUGUGCAGCAGUGGCUGGAACAGAGCUUCGGUAAACGGUAGGAGAAAUGAAGGACGAGUACAGAGGAGGACAUGUCCCAUAUUUCAAUAAGGAAAUAAGAGAUCCUUCCUUAUAUCAUCUGCCAAAAGCUGUAAAGAAUUAAGUUCCAAAAUUCUGGAGUGACUUCUUUUGCACUGUUUGUGUUUACACUAUUGAAUCACAGUAAGAUUUAAUUGGCAUUUUUUAUCACAGAUCAACAGAAAGACAAUGUAAUGUAAAAGUGAAAACAAAUCUUUCUAAUGUGAUCACCCUAUCUCAGUUUGUGUUCAGUAAAGUACCUUUGGAUACAGUUCCAACCUUGGGUCACUGUGGAUAGGUCUUUGUAGGUUAAGCUUCGCACAUCUGGGGUCCGUUUCAGAAAGCAGGUUUAGUGAGAACUCUGAGUUUGUUAACCCUGAGAUGAGGGAAACUCUGGGUUUUCUGUUUCAGAAAGGGAGGUUAAUCAAACCUGAGAGAGACUGGUAACUCCAGCCCGUUUCAGAAAGAGAGGUAACUUAACCUCAGA